AUGAUAGUAAUGAUUGAUUUAGGCAAGAAUAGUAAAUGGACGCUAGAAUCUGUUCCCAAAUUAAAGCGGGUGGAGCUUGCAGAAAGACGUGGCAAGGAGCACUACGUGGAGGCUCGAGAGCAAGGGUGUCAGCAGGACUGGGCACACCUGAGCGGGCUCCGACCUAAGUCAAUCAGAGCGCGGCUAAUCGUGGACCUGAAGCUCCAGCACCUAGACUUCUGGGCCAGCCUCCAUGGCCAGGUCCCGGGAUUGCUGGACUGGGACAUGGGGAACGAGUGCUUUCUGGCCUUCACCACUACGCACCUGCCCUUAGCGGAACAAAACCGUGAGUGUCUGAGAGGGGGGUCGUGGGGGAUGGGCGCGCCGCGGAGGAUUUGGCCUAAAGGCCAAAGGUUUUACACUGAUGGGUGGCAUGAUUGGAUUAACAUUUUGGGAAGAUCACUCAAACUGCAAUACGUUGCCAGAUAUAAACUCCGAAUAGUUGAGCCACCAAAACUACCUCUGGAAAAAAAACCCAACCCUGACAAAGAUGGUCCAGAUUUCGAGCCCAACCUGUGGAUGUGGGUAGACCCCAACAUCGUGUUCCCUCCUGGAAAGCUGGAGGUCCCAGAACCCAGUAAGGGGAAGAAUCUGACAAGCAUAGUCCCUUCCCCUCAGCCAUCCCCAAAAGAAGAUGACUUUGCCAAAUGCCCACAGGCCACAGUGGUGGAGUCGCCAUCACUUUCUGGAGACCAGUAUCCCCCUCGGAAGCGGUUUGCCUCUUCCCCCAGCAACUGGGAGCUCACAGAAGAGGAGGAGGCUGAGGACCAGGAUGACAGCUCCUCUGUGGCUCUCCGGUCCCCUCACAAAAGGGCCCCCCUCCAGAGUCGGAGGCUUCGGCAAGCCAACAGCCAGGAGGGGGGGCUGUGGUCCCGGCCCCCUCUCAAUUACUUCCACCUAAUUGCACUGGCAUUAAGAAACAGUUCCCCCUGUGGCCUCAACGUGCAACAGAUCUACAGUUUCACUCGACAACAUUUCCCCUUUUUCCGGACGGCUCCCGAAGGCUGGAAGAAUACCGUGCGUCACAAUCUCUGUUUCCGAGACAGCUUUGAGAAAGUGCCGGUCAGCAUGCAGGGUGGCGCCAGCACACGGCCCCGAUCCUGCCUCUGGAAGUUGACCGACGAGGGACACCGCCGCUUUGCAGAGGAGGCCCGCGCCUUGGCCUCCACUAAGCUGGAAACUAUCCAACAGUGCAUGAGCCAGCCAGAUGUGAUGCCUUCCCUCUUCGACCUUUAGUUCCACAAACCAUCUGUCAGCCCAUGCCUUAUUAAAGUUAUCUGCAGCA